AUGAUUGAUUGGCAUGACCCUACUAGCAUUGCUAGUUCUUGUCAUUCGCGACAGCAACUCCCUCUUCUCUGGACACUGGUGGCCGUGCUGCCAGCGAUCAGAGCGGUGUUGACGCCUACGCAUGGAUUUGACGAUGACAACACACCAAUUCAGCUGAGUCUCGAAGACCUGGAGCGUGAGCAUGACAAAGAGCAUGAGCAUCGCUAUGAUCUCAAUCGUCCACCGCUGCUUCCAACGCGUUACGCGUGGCAUCCGAGCGUUGCCGCUAGCGUGCCACCUAGCUACGUGCACGAUGCCGCCCAGCUGGAGCAAGUGGAGCAACUGCGCCAGCUGCAUCAGCAGCAUCAGCAGCUUAGCGCUGGCUAUGCGCUGCCCACCCAUCUGCCAGGCGGUCUUCUGCUACUUCGCGGCCCCAAUGUCUCACCAACGCAAGCAACAAUUGCUACGACCGCAGCAGCAGCAACAUCAGCAGCAACAAAGACGCGAACGCGACUACUUCAACCCAUUGUGCCCUUUGAUCUGGACCUGCAGCUUCAGCUUAAUGGUGUGCAAUAUCUAAGCGGCAAUGAGCUGAUUGCUCCCACAGCACCACAGUUCCUGCCACGUCCCAUACCAAGACCAGUGCCCCGCCCCCAGCGACCAGCGUACGCCUUCCUACAGCAGAGGCAGCCGCCGCAUCAGCCGUUUGCCACACAAGUGGCCCUGCCUCCAUUGCUGCUGCAACAGUCCAAGCAGUUUGCCUACGCGCCACUGGCACAACGCAACUAUGCGACUGCCACUCGCAUUCCGCUGCCCUACCCGCCCAGCUUUGUUAGCAUUACGACAAGACGACCGGCGUCUGGUCGUUACGCCACCAGCUAUUCGAAGCCGUUCCGGCCAUCACAGCCGGACUUCACGCCGGAUCUGUUUGCCGGACGUGACUCUAAAUCGCUGCUGGAAUCGUACAUACCCAGCUGGGAGGUGUUGCGCCUGUACAAGGAGCACCAGCACCGACCACUGCAACGCCACACCUUGGCCUAUGCCAGGCCCGGCCUGCGGCUCUUCAAGCGCGACUCCCAACUGGAAAGAUUGCCCCAGCGCAGUCGGAUCGUUAAGAAGUCCCUGGACAAACAAGUGAUGCCGCAGUAG